UUGCAUUGUCAGGGCGAUACAGGGGAAUCAACCAUCGGCGACGAAGAAACUGGAUUUUACGCGGCCUGUGGGAUUGGUUUAUGCCUAGGAGACGAAUACAGUAAAGUUACAAAGCCUCCCACGUGGUCUAUCCGCGUUACCUUCUGCAGGGAGACUUUCAUGAUGAAAGCUUUUGACUAGAGCUGGUUUGGUCAGGAAGAAUACUAACAGGAGACCAGGAAGGAAGUAGAGCAUAACUUUGAGGUGCAAUGGCUUACUCUAGCUACAGCAACCUUAGCAGGGCUCAGCUUACCUUUGAGUACCUGCACACAAACUCAACAACCCACGAGUUUUUGUUUGGCGCAUUAGCUGAGCUUGUCGACAACUCAAGAGAUGCCAGUGCAACCAGAAUAGACAUCUACACUGAGAAACGACAAGAGCUCCGUGGUGGUUUUAUGCUAUGCUUCCUAGAUGAUGGCAUUGGAAUGGACCCAAUUGAGGCAACCCACGUGAUCCAGUUUGGAAAGUCAAACAAACGUUCUCCAGAAUCCACUCACAUUGGCCAGUACGGAAAUGGAUUAAAAUCGGGCUCAAUGCGAAUUGGGAAAGACUUUAUCUUAUUCACAAAAAAGGAAAAGACACUAACCUGUCUUUUCCUAUCAAGGACUUUCCAUGAAGAAGAAGGGCUCGAUGAGGUGAUUGUGCCUCUCCCUUCCUGGGAUCUGAAAACAAAGGAACCACUGACCUCUGAUCCUGAGAAGUAUGCAAUAGAAACCGAACUUAUCUUCAAAUACUCCCCUUUUAAAAAUGAACAGCAGCUGAUGGAGCAGUUCAACAAGAUAGAGAGCAGCAGUGGUACUCUUGUGGUCGUCUAUAACCUAAAGCUGAUGGACAAUGGAGAACCUGAGCUGGAUGUGGAGACCGAUCACCAGGACAUCCUCAUGGCUGGGACACCUACUGAAGGAGUGAAGCCAGAAAGGAGGUCAUUCAGGGCAUACACUGCUGUACUGUACAUCGACCCACGCAUGAGGAUCUUUAUCCAGGGACAUAAAGUCAGAACUAAGAGACUCUCCUGCUGCCUCUAUAAACCAAGGGUUUAUAAAUACUCAUCAACACGGUUUAAAACCCGUGCGGAACAAGAAGUGAAAAAAGCAGAUCAUCUUGCAAAAAUAGCUGAAGAGAAGGCGCGGGAAGCGGAGAGUAAGCGUGUAGCAAUGGAGACCAGAUUAGGAGAUGAUCUGUCAAAAGAAUCAAGGGCAGUUCUGAGGAAAGUCCAGGAUUCUGCCAUGAUGCUGCGAAGGGAUGCUGAGAUACGAAAGAGAAAUCUUGAAGCCAAACAGAGAGCACUAAAGGAACCCAAGGACUUAAAUUUUAUAUUUGGAGUAAAUAUUGAGCAGAGGGAGCUGGAUGGCAUGUUUGUGUACAACUGCUCUCGUCUUAUCAAGAUGUAUGAGAAGACGGGUCCUCAGCUAGAGGGAGGCAUGGCAUGUGGAGGUGUAGUUGGAGUUGUCGACGUCCCAUAUUUGGUGCUUGAGCCCACCCACAACAAACAGGACUUUGCAGAUGCAAAGGAGUACCGGCACUUACUGAAAGCAAUGGGAGAGCAUUUAGUUCAGUACUGGAGGGACACCAACAUUGCCCAAAAAGGCAUUGCGAAGUUCUGGGAUGAGUUUGGAUAUCUGUCUGCCGGUUGGUCUUCUCCUCCAUCCUCAGAGCUGAGAUACAAGAGGCGCCGUGCCAUGGAGAUACCGAUCACUAUUCAGUGUGAUAAGUGUUUGAAGUGGAGAACGCUGCCUUUCCAGAUGGAUGCAGUUGACAAACGCUACCCUGACAGUUGGGUGUGUCUCAUGAACCCUGAUGGCGCUCAGGACAGAUGUGAAGCUCCAGAACAGAAACAAAAUUUUCCUGUCGGUGUAUUAAAGAAAGAAAAACAAACAGUUGAAGACAAACAGAAAGAGCUAGCAGAGAAAAUCAGAGCGCAGAAGGAAAAACUAGAAGCCUUACAGAAAACCAGCACAAUUAAAUCUGCAGCAGACAUCAAAAAGCUCCCACUUGAAGUCAGUAUGAAACCCACAGAGACCUCAGGUCAGACGACUAGGUCUUCUGAAAGGUCUGCAACACGCCCACGCUCUCCGCCUCUCCCAGCUCACCUGAAGAACGCUCCGAGUGUCCCUCCAUCACGUACAGCUUCUCAGCGUCCCACCCGAGCUUCUACAGCUCCUCCUACACCUCCUAAGUCAGAACCAUCCAGGACCAGAGCUGCAGCGAAGACCCCUCAAGCUGCAGCGAAGACCCCUCAAGCUGCUGCAAAGCCUAGCCCAAAAGCCUCUGCUAGAACACCUCCAUCCAGUCGCAGCUCGAGGGCCUCUACCAAAGCAUCAUCUGUCAAACCAACUCCUACUGGACAGCGCAAAAGGAUAAUUGAGGAGGAGGAGGAAAGUGAGGAGGAGGAGGAGGAAGAAGAAGAAGAAGAAGAAGAGGAGGAAGAAGAAGAGCAAAACAGUGAAGAGGAGGUUGAAGAAGAACCCCAAACAAAGAAAUCCAAGAUGGCCACAGCUGCUGCCUCUGUGCGUGGUAAAAUGGUGGAGAAAGCCCUGCCUCCAAAACGGGGGAGGUUGGACGAGGAUAAAACACACACUCAGCCUGAGAAGAAAGGAAUAUCCACUCCUACACGGCAGCAGCCACCUGCACCAACCUCUGUCCCCAAAGCUGCUCCCACACAGCAGCAGGGGGAUAAAGAGAAGGCCUCUGAGAAAACCGCGUCUAAGGAACCAGAGAAUGACACUAAAAAUGCACAGAAAGACAAGGGUCUUCUGGUUGAAGUGCGUGUCAAUAAGGAGUGGUUUACUGGUAAAGUUAUUGCUGUGGAGGCGAAUAAACAGAGCAUUCGCUGGAAAGUCAAAUUUGACUAUGUACCUCGGGCCACCCCCAAAGACAGAUGGGUGUUCAAAGGCAGCGAUGAAGUACGGUUGAUGAGGCCACCAUCUCCAAACUCUCAGACCCCCGACACCCAGCAAGAGACUGAGAAAGGUUCAGCCCCCAUGGAGCCCGAUACGACUCAGCCUGGAACCAGCAGAGAGGUGACGGACAGCCUAGUCGCCAUGUUGAGGACGAUGCUGCGUUAUUUCUUCCCUCCUGCUUUUCGGAUUCCCAAAGACGAUGUCAACAGCAUGACUGCCGAGGAACUGAUGGCAUUUCCUUUGAAAGAGUAUUUCCAGCAGUAUGAAUCGGGUCUCCAGUCACUGUGUAACUCGUACCAGAGCAGAGCUGAUGCCAGGGCCAAAGCUGUGGAGGAAAAGAACAACAACACUGAGCUCAAACUAAAGGAAGCAGAUGAAAAACUUCAAAAACUACGAACCAACAUCGUAGCACUUCUACAGAAAGUGCAAGAGGACAUUGAUAUAAACACAGAUGAUGAACUUGAUGCAUAUAUAGAGGACCUCCUUACCAAAGGUGACUAAAAAAGACUGGAUUGGCCAAAUAACAGAAGGUCAAACAAAUAAAAAAGUAA